GCAGAUUUCGAAAUCGCUACUUCCAAUUUCUCCAGAAACUUUCUCACACUUUCUCGGCAAAAUUCCCGGAAAAAGCACUCGAUCAGCAGAUGGUCAGGAAGGAAGAUGUGGAUUUCUAUUGUGGAUUUUCAAGGAAAGAGCUUCAGAGUUUAUGCAAGAAAUAUAAUUUGCCUGCCAAUAGAUCAAGUUCCGAUAUGGCUGAAUCAUUGGCUUCUUUUUUCAAGAAACAUAGUUUGAACUCGGUAGGUUUUGGGGUCCCUGUGAAUCAAGAUAGUUCAGCGACAACUUCUAGAGCACCAGCGAUUAGAACAUGGAAUGUGAAAAAAGAUUCUUAUGGUAAUAAAUUGGAUAUACCUAGAGAGGAUUAUGUUCAAGGUGCAGUGGCUAGAGAACCAGGCUUUAUCCUUGGGGAUAAUACACCGUAUCAGGAACGAAAUGGAAAGGAUGGUUUGAUUGAUUCUACAUCUGCUCCUCCAUAUAUGAGGAAAUUGAAUGAAAAGGGCCCAACAGCAAACUCCAAGAGAACAGAUUCUCGGCUAGAAAAUAGAAUGAGAGAUGUAGACAGUGGUGAUAGUCCUAGUUCGUCUUCGUUUGAGUUUCAUGUCAGUUUGGAAGAGGGUAUUAGCCUUUCAGUUGAUCUAAAUUUCAACCCAUCAGAUUGGAUUAAUAGCAUGAGAGAUGAGGUCAAUGUAUGUGAUAGCAUGCGUCGCAGAAAAUCCCCACAUUCUGAUCUUGGCAUUAAUAAUGCUACAGAGUGUAAGAAACAGAAGAGUUCAGGGCAAGACACGGAUUGUCAUGUAAGGAGAGAGUCAUCUAUAAGUCCGGCAAUGAAAGACCAUACUCAAUUACCUUCUGAUCAUCAUCCCAAUGGUGAACGGUCUCUAGCAUUAUCUGCCAUGGUACCAUGCAGCAGAAUCAAAGAGAGCUCAGACACUUACAAGGAAAAAAACGGGCUUAACUUGUCCGUACCUGAUUCUUCAGGACCUGGCCAGAUUGUAUCAUCUUGUGUCGAAUCGUAUAGUAAAAGCUGCUGUGUAAAUCCAGUUGACUUGGACUGUAUUAUUCCUCCAGGGAAGAAGUUGGCAAGUGAAUCUGUUAUGGUUGCUGCAGAACAGAAUCAUUCAGCUGGUGAUCUCCUUGUUGAAAUUCCGGAAAAUCCAUCCAUGGAAAGUUUUCAAAAGGUCGGAAACUCAAGUACUGUUAUAUGUCCAUGGGGAGCUGGUUCUGAAUUAUCAUCAUCAGAAGCAGAGGCUUAUCACUCAAACCAGCCGGGUUCUCCUCGUAAGACCAGUAGAUCCUCAACUAUCUCUUCUCCAGAGUUCAUCAUCGAUAGAGAGUCCACUAACUAUUCUGAGUCAUUCAAGUUCCGGUCCAAUGGAGGCAAGAACUGUCUGCCACCAAAUACUGAGGAGCAGGAAAAGAGCGAAGUUUUAAGUGAGCAGGUGCGGUCAGAGUGACUUGUUUGAAGGGUGAAGCAUCCAUUAUGUUGUAUAAUAUUGUUGAAGUAAUAGAAAAGUGGCUAUAUACAUGAUGUAGAGAUAGUCAAGAAAUGGCCUUUCCUCUA